GUGAUGUAUCUCUCUAAUUCUAUUUUUUUGGUAUUGUAUUGUAUUCUUCACUUUAAAUAAUGAGAAGGAGAUCGUUGAUUCAUAGAUUUGUUGAUUUCAAUUAUUUUAGAUCAUGGAUUACAUGGACUCAGAAACACAAGAACCAGAUGAUUUACCAUAUCUGGAAACAGAGUACGACAUGCCUCCUCCACUUGCUGCCGAAUACAAAAGUUUCAAAUGGAAAAUAGAAGUUAUAGAUACUGCUGGGAAAAUCGAAGGCAAAAUGAUAACAUCUAAAGAAGUUUGGAAAAUUCAAAAUAGCAAAGUGAUUGUUCAUUUUGACGAAGUUAGUGGCCAGCCAAUCGGAGAGUCGGGAGGUCUACUAGGGUCAUGGUUAGGUCAACUAAGCAAUGAUGUGAAUUUGCUACCCAUUAACUACAGUGACUGGAGAAUGGUUAAUCCUCACAUAAAAAAUAAAGUCUGGGAAGUAAUACAGUCCAAAUUCUGGUUUGAUGAUCCAGCGACGAGAAAAGUGUUUGUGAUGAGUGCAUUAGGUAGCAGAUGCAAAGAUGUCAAACUACGUCUUUGGAAAGAAUACAAGCGAGACAGUCUAAGUGAGACAUUGCUCAAUCGACCAGAAAAUGUUCAUGAAAAUCAAUGGGGUCAUUUCGUUCACAUGAGAUUCAAAAUCGACCAGAAAAUUUUGGAUGAUGAAUAUGCACAAGUUUUUGGUCCAGAGCGUCCAGGACGAGUACGGUGUGUUGGUCGUGGACCUACACCUUCAAAAUUAGUGAACCAUUCACCUGUUACGAGACAAGAGAUAGAGAAUUCAGAAAUGGUUAUUGACCUGAAGUCACAAGUGAAAGAAUUAUCAGAUCAAGUCAAGGGAAUGACUACAUUCAUCCAACAAGUAAUUGGUACUUCAACUGGUGAACAGGCAAGAGUAUGGGCUUCAAGUUUUGCUGUAGCUUUUGCUAACAUACCAAACCCAGCUUUUGCCAACGUACCAUCUCCACCAAAUCCAAAUCAGGAACGGAGUGAUGAUGCUGUUAGAGACUAA